GUUUUUGUUUUGUUGUUGAGAUGAGACACAAGCGCGCCUUCGCCCCUUGUGCUCACUCUCAUCUAGCACCCAUCAAAGAAAGCCUGACCAGGGAGUUAGUUGAUAAGAACAUCUAUCUACAUUAUUUCUCUUUCCAAAGCUCGCUCGGGCCUAACGAUCUCACAGCAGUGUAGACCAACCUCUCUCUGUGAUAGAGCGGUGACAGCAGUGUAACCUCUGUGGUAGACUACAAAGUCUACGAGCUACAGCAGCACCGCCACCUCCGCUGCUGCAGGACGCCAUAUUCUGU